CACGGCGCAGCUGACGGCAAUGAAGCGCAGUUGAGUUAAGUCCGCCGGUAACCGCAGAGCUCACGCGAAUCCCGUCAGUUUUGGGGCUUGUCACGGUCCGGUAGCGCGUGUAUUAAACGUAUGCGCUGUCGUGCGCUCACACUGACGGUCUGACGCGACUGAAGCGCUGUUUUAGUCGACUUCUGUCAAUUCGCGCGUCUUUGCUCUUCUCUAACGGUUGUUUCUAACGGCCGCUCCGGGCGGAAGUGCGUCAGCCGCGGCUAUGAUCACCUCCACCCCGAUGGAGAGCCGCUCCUCCGCCGUGCGCUCCUCCAGGCGGAGCGGCGCGUCUCCGUCCGGCGUCAGCCCCACGCGUCUGACGCGCCUGCAGGAGAAGGAGGACCUGCGGCAGCUCAACGACCGCCUGGCGAACUACAUCGAGCGCGUCCGGCAGCUGGAGAGCGACAAGUCGUCCCUGCAGCUGCUGCUGGAGGAGAAGGAGGAGCACGCGCGCAGGGAGGUCGGGAGCGUGCGCCGCCUGUACGAGACCGAGCUCGCGGACGCGCGCAAGUCUCUGGACGCCACCGCGAACGAGCGCGCACGGCUUCAGAUCGAGCUGACGCAGCUGCAGGAGGAGCACCGCAGGCUCACGGCCAGGAAUAAUAAGAAGGAGAGCGAGCUGACCACGGCUGUGGGACACUGGAGGAAUCUCGAAGCCGCUCUGAACUCGAAGGAAGCAGAUUAUGCCAAUUUACUGGCCACCAACCGCCGGCUGGAGAAUGAGAUUUCUGAGCUCAGGACUCAAGUGGUUAAUCUGGAGUCUGGGCUGCAGAACCUCAAAGCCCAGCUGAACUCGGAGAUGCUGCGGCGCGUGGACGCUGAGAACCAGCUCCAGACGCUUCAGGAGCAGCUGGACUUCCAGAAGCAUCUCAGUGAACAGGAGGUGCGUGAGAUGCGCAGUCGUCACGAGAGCCGGCUGGUGGAGCUGGACAGCGGCAGACAGAAGGAAUUCGAGGGGAAACUAGCCGAAGCCCUGAAGCAGCUCCGAGAGGAACAUGAGGCUCAAAUCCAGCAGUACAAAGAGGAGCUGCAGAAAACCUUCGCCGCUAAGCUGGAGAACGCCAAGCAGGCGGCGGUGAAGAACAGCGACUUCGCCUCGUCGACGAGAGAAGAGCUGGCGGGAACUAAACUCAGACUGGAGUCUCAGUCGCUGCAGAUCAACAACCUGCAGAAACAGAAUGGGGUUCUGGAGGCUCGUGUUCAGGAGCUGGAGCAGAUGCUGGCGCGUGAGCGACAGAUGAACCAGCAGCGGCUCUCGCAGAAGGAGCAGGAGAUGGCAGACAUGCGGCAGCAGAUGCAGGAGCAGCUGGAGGAGCACCAGAACCUGCUGGACGUCAAGCUCAUGCUGGACAUGGAGAUCAACGCCUACCGCAAGAUGCUGGAGGGAGAGGAGAAGCGACUGAAUCUGUCUCCGAGUCCGGUCCAGCAGUCGUCGGUCUCUCGCACGAGGAAGCGCAAACACGAGGGCACGAGUUCAGGACUGUCUCCCAGCUACAAGCUCUCCCAGCAUUCCUCCUCGCGCGGGAACCUGUGCAUCGACGAGAUCGACCUGGACGGACGCUUCGUUAAGCUCAAGAACAACUCUGAUCAGGAUCAGUCUCUCGGCGGCUGGGUGUUGAGGAAGAGUGAAGCAGAAGCUCCUGACAUCGUUUUUCAGAUCCCCUCGCCGUGUGUGCUGCACGCCGGACAGACGCUGACGAUCUGGGCCGCGGGGUCAGCGACGGAGCUGGUGCCUCGGGGGGAUCUGGUGCUCAGGACCCAUGAGACCUGGGGCCCGUUUGGGGAGGUGCGCGUCUCUCUGCUGAACCCGCAGAACGAGGAAACGGCAGAGUUUUGUCUGGUGUGUGUUCAGGGUAAAGCUGACGAGGAUCUGGAGUGUGACGAGAACAUCCCGAGCCGUGAAGUCCACCUGCGCCGACAGGCUCAGAGACACAAUCAGGACGCUAGCUGUGCCGUCAUGUGAGUCUCGACUCGACUUCAGACGCUCGUCUAACCGUUCGCUCGCACUUAUCACAUCUGAUAACUGUUCAGAGCCGAAACUGGAUUUUUUUAAUGUGAAUUCUUUGCUGCUGUUUGUUCAAAUAAUAAAGUUUAAACUGUUAGGCUAUAAAUUAAAAUAAAUG